GCCUCAACACAACUUCAAAUAGGUCUCUUCUUUGUAGACGAGUUAAUUCCGGAGACGUUCCUCAGAGAAAGGCCAGUAGCCGAUCCCAGAUCAGGACCGAGUCAUCAGAUGAGGAGCCGUGAGUAGCUCAGCUCAUACCAUGAUCCCGACGAAGUUCACUUUUCGAGGGGAUGGAGGCUCCUCCGGCUGUUUUCUGUUUCUGCUGCUUCCUCGUCGCUGCUCUCGCCUUCCAGGCCGAAGGAGAAAUGUACACGUCGCUCCAAAACGUGAGGCAAGCCAUUGACGUUGAGAGGAAAUUGAUUGAUUAUCUGAGAACGUAUAUCGACAGCGAGCAGCAGAGACUGGAGGACAUCAAGCGGUUUCAUGCCAAAGUGUCCGACCUCCACACAGAGCUCUACAAAGGCCCUGCAGCUGCAACAGCGAACCCACUGGUGGCCUUCACGCUCGUCAAGCGGCUGCAUUCAGAGUGGCUGAACGUCGUCUACAGCAAUGAAGCUCAAGAAACCGCUCAAACCCUCAGGUCCAGAUACGAGGAAGAGGAGUCUCACUUGCCCAAAGUGGAAGACCUCCGGGGGGCUGCAAAGGGGCUGAUGAGGCUCCAGGAUGUGUACUCCCUUCAAGUUUCAAGCCUGGUGGAGGGCCGCUUCCAGAGGGCCAGCGGUGGAGGUGUGAUUGACGUCUGCUCACCUGCUGUGUCUGUCUCGCUGUCUGGUGACGACUGCUUCCUGGUUGGGAAGGUGGCCUAUGAGCAGGAAGACUACUACCACUCUGUGCAGUGGUUGGAGGAGUCGGUUCGUCUCUUCAGGGGAGCUGCUGGACAGUGGAGUCCUGAGAACGAAGGGACCUUAGAGGACGCUCUGGAUCACCUGGCUUUCUCCCACUUUAAAACAGGAAAUGUCUCGUAUGCCUUGAGUUUGUCUCACGAGUUGCUGCAUCACGAUCCAACGAAUGGACGGGUGUUGCAGAAUGUUGAGAAAUAUGAGAAGCUGCUGGGUUCUGCAGGUCCAACCGGGGAGAGCAGCUUAAGAAGACCCGGCUCCUCCUUCUUAACAACACGGGACAUUUAUGAGAGACUGUGCCUGACUCAGGGCUCCCAGAAAGAUGUCCAAAUGAAACUGCUCAUGUUUUAUUUUCUGCCCUUUUAUAACAAGUUGAAGAGAUCCGUGGUGGCAGCUGGAGAGAAGCAGGAAACAGCAGAUUAUCGAAUCAGCAAGAGUGCGUGGCUGAAGGGCUCGGAGAGCUCCACUGUUGGGAGGUUGGACCGAAGGAUUUCCAUGGUAACGGGUUUGAACGUGACACACCCGUAUGGCGAGUUCCUGCAGGUGGUGAAUUAUGGGAUUGGUGGACACUAUGAGCCUCAUUUUGACCACGCCACAUCACCCUCCAGUCCUGUUUUCAAGCUGAGAACUGGGAACCGCAUGUCGACCUUCAUGAUCUACCUCAGCUCAGUGGAAGCUGGCGGCUCCACGGCCUUCAUUUAUGCCAACUUCAGUGUUCCAGUUGUGGAGAAAGCUGCCAUCUUUUGGUGGAACCUCCACAGAAAUGGUCAGGGAGACGAAGACACCCUGCAUGCUGGCUGCCCGGUGCUCAUCGGUGACAAGUGGGUGGCCAACAAAUGGAUCCACGAGUACGGCCAAGAGUUUGAGCGGCGCUGCAGCCUGAAUCCUGAGGAGUGAGAGGGAGCACAAGCCUUUACUACUGUCAGGCACGUUGGCAAGAAGAACGAGGCAGCAGCCAGAGAGAGCGUGUGUGUGUGUGUGUGUGUGUGUCUGGGUGCACAGAUGAGGGAGGGACUGGUGGGGCCAGCCUGCAUCUUUGAUUGGAGCCCAGGGCCCCAGGGAGCCUCGACACUCCUGCUGUGGAUGUGGAGGUGAAGGUGGAGCAAAAUCAGCCCACGGAGACCAACUGUUUCCAUCAGUCACUUCAUGCUGGUGGAGGAGUGUUUACAUUUCUUGCAUUUCGCAGGAAUGAUGGAAGACGCUCGUGCAGGGCACAUGCUCUGCAUUGGACAUAAAUUAUCAAAUGAAAUGUGUCCUAAAUUUGGUAAUUGUCGACAAUGUAAAGCUCAGACUGUGUAAAACAUCUCAUUCUGUCGUGCCUGACAGAAGAGAGUCGUCACUGUCACCGUUUCUGACUCACACUAAUGAAAUCUAACAAAACAAAUAAACUAUUAAAUCAGCCUC